CUUCAACUGCAGAAGUACAAGUUGGGCCCAUGAGGCUGACUCAAUACCCAAUUCAGGUUUUGCUGAUUUUUGCAAAAGAAGACAACCAAAGCAAUGGUUUCUGGUGGGCUUGUGACAGAGCAGGAUACAGGUGCAACGUUGCCUGGACUCUGGAGUCAGCGCUUGAAUGUUUCCUGGAUAAGCACCAGGAAAUAAUUGUUAUAGAUCACAGGAACUCCAAAUAUUUUGAUGCAGAAGAUAUCUGCAGGUCUAUUCGUGCCACAGAGCUAUCAGAGCACACUGUAAUACUUGCUGUGGUUCCACGCACAACUGCUGACCAAGAAGAGACUUCUGUUCUCCCUCUUCUUGAUGCAGGCUUUGAUAGGCAAUUCAUGGAGAACAGCAGUGUAACUGCUUGUUACAAUGAACUGGUUCAAAUAGAACAUGGGGAAGUACGAUCUCAGUUCAAAUUACGGGCUUGUAAUGCAGUUUUUACAGCAUUAGACCAUUGUCAGGAAGCUGUAGAAAUAACCAGUGAAGAUCAUGUCAUUCAGUAUGUUAAUCCAGCCUUUGAACGGAUGAUGGGGUACUGCAAGGGAGAACUUAUUGGCAAGGAGCUCACUGAACUACCUAAAAGUGACAAAAACUCUGCAGAUCUUUUGGACAACAUAAACACAUUUAUUAAAAAAGGAAAGGAAUGGCAAGGAGUUUACUACGCAAGAAGAAAAUCAGGAGACAGUAUCCAGCAGCACGUGAAGAUAACACCUGUGGUUGGUCAAGGAGGGAAAAUAAGACACUUUGUGUCCCUCAAAAGGCUGCAUUGUACCAAUGAAAACAACAAACAGCUCUACAAGAGUCACCGUGAGGAUAAGAACACAGGAGACAAUUCCCAGUCAGAAUCCGGUUCUUACAAGUGCAAGAACAGAAGGAAAGACUCAGUUGAUGUUAAGUCAAUAACAUCUCAAAGUAGUGAUGCUCCAAGUUUACAGACCCGACGGUACUCUUCCAUGGCACGGAUUCAUUCUAUGACAAUAGAAGCUCCUAUCACAAAGGUUAUUAACAUAAUUAAUGCUGCCCAGGAAAAUAGCCCGAUCACAGUAGCAGAGGCCUUGGAUAGAGUCCUGGAAAUUCUGCGGACAACAGAACUCUAUUCCCCUCAGCUAGGUACCAAAGAUGAAGAUCCUCACACAAGCGAUCUUGUUGGAGGUCUGAUGAAUGAUGGCUUGAGAAGACUGUCAGGAAACGAGUAUGUGUUUUCUAAGAAUAUGAACCUGAGCCAUACUCACCUUCCAGUGCCAAACACCAUCAAUGAUGUUCCACCCUGUAUUGCACAGCUUCUAGAUAACGAGGAAAGUUGGGACUUCAAUAUUUUUGAGUUGGAGGCUGUUACAAACAAAAGGCCAUUAGUGUAUUUGGGCUUAAAAGUUUUUGCCCGGUUUGGGGUCUCAGAGUUUUUAAACUGUUCGGAAGCAACGCUGCGGGCAUGGCUGCAGGUCAUUGAAGCCAACUACCAUUCCUCCAACUCAUACCACAACUCCACGCAUGCAGCAGAUGUCCUGCAUGCUACUGCCUUCUUCCUCGGGAAGGAAAGAGUUAAGGGAAGUCUGGACCAUUUAGAUGAGGUAGCUGCAUUAAUAGCUGCCACCAUUCAUGAUGUAGACCAUCCUGGACGGACCAACUCUUUCCUGUGCAACGCAGGCAGCGAAUUAGCUGUCCUUUAUAAUGAUACAGCUGUAUUAGAGAGUCAUCACACAGCACUGGCAUUUCAGCUUACAACAAAAGACAGCAAAUACAACAUUUUCAAGAAUAUUGAUAGAAAUCGCUACCGGACAUUGCGACAGGCCAUUAUUGAUAUGGUUUUGGCAACAGAGAUGACGAAGCACUUCGAGCAUGUGAACAAAUUUGUGAACAGUAUCAACAAGCCUAUGGCAUCUGAGGAGACCAGCCCACGCAGUGAAGGCAGCGAAACUGAAUGCACAGCCAAUAUAAAGAAUUUUCCAGACAACCAGACAUUGAUCAAGCGCAUGAUGAUUAAGUGUGCCGAUGUAGCAAAUCCAUGUCGCCCCCUAGAGCUAUGUAUCGAAUGGGCAGGCAGAAUUUCAGAGGAGUACUUUGCACAGACUGAUGAAGAGAAGAGACAGGGCCUGCCUGUUGUAAUGCCAGUAUUUGACAGAAACACCUGCAGCAUCCCCAAGUCUCAGAUUUCCUUCAUUGAUUAUUUUAUAACAGAUAUGUUUGACGCAUGGGAUGCAUUUGCACAUCUGCCUGUUUUGAUGCAACACUUGGCCAAUAACUACAAACACUGGAAAACACUGGAUGAUUUGAAGUGCAAGAGUCUCAGGCUCCCAACAGAAAACAACAACUGACACUAAGUCAAGAAAACCAGACCUCUUGCUCUACCAGUUUCACUGUGAAUCACUUACAGAAACUCUAGGCUACAAAGGGGAUUAAUGUUGCUUUUCCAGUGAAAUUAAGACUGUGUGACAAGAAGGAAGUAUUUUCUCCUUUUUAAGCUUCUAUGAAUUCUACAGAAAAAUGUUUUUAGAGGCUAUAUAAACCACAGAUGACUAAGUGCUCUUUGGAAAUAAUAUUUUGUGGCAGAAAUGUAAUUCUGAAACUAGUUUCUAAUACUGAAUAUGCACUUGUUGAAUCUUGUAGUUGAUACAAACAUAUUCACUAACACUUCACACAACUGUUUUUCAGAGACAGGGAUAAUCUAGUCACCAGGAGAGUAAGAAUAGCCUGUCAAAUAAGGAUAGAAACUUCCCACUUACCUAACAUAAAUUUGUUCCAAUUCUAUCAAUGUUCUUCAGCUCUCUGAACCAUACUUUUACAGAGAACAUGCACAGCAAAACAAGUAAACCUUAAUAAACUGGAUACAUAAAAAACCCAAACAUGACGCGUUUUAAAACAAAUUUCUUAUUACAGAGACUCUCUCAGACCACUAUCUGUUCUUUCUUUUCCAUAUAAAAUCUUGGUUGGAGUCAGUAUUCUCUAAAACUCAUCAUAUAAUACAGGAAAAUAAGCAUGUUCUGUCUAGGUAGUACCAUCCACAUAGUUCUCUGCCAUCUUGCAGAUGUUAUAACAAGUUGUCACAAAAUUUUACACAAAAAAAACCUACUGUGGCACUUGAUCACCAUCCUUUUUUAUAAAAAUAGUGUUUGUAAACAUGGUCAUCACUUUUAUUAAACUGAUAAAUUUUAUGACAAGUUCAUUUAUUGUGCUA